CUGAGGGGAGGGAGCGGAGAGACGCAGGUUUCGGCUUACAGCGCAUACCACACUAACGAGAGCAAAAUACAGUGAAAUACUGUCGACCCGGCCGUCUGGAACUACAGGGGACUACACCUUCAACUAAAGUCAACUUCGGAUUUUGUCGGAGGGCACCUUUGAGCGCUGAUUUUGGAUUGUAAAAGGAGUUUUUUUGCCUUGUAAUGUGGGAAUGCUUUCUCCUCUUUUCCGUGGUAUGUGGAUCUGGGAGCGACCAUGUUAAUAGGUAGCUGAUAAAAGGAGAAGCCGGCUGUUCUAUCCCAGCCAGAAGAGGACACAGGAUAGAAACUGAAAGAGCAACUGAGAGUUGGAGUGGGACACAUCACUACCAGCAAAGAAAUCAGGAUGAAAGUUCCUCUGUACCACUGACAAGCAGAACUGGAAUGAUCUCUUGACCCUUUUCCUGGAAGUGACCAAGUUAGCGAUGAGAGGCGGGAUAUAAUGGCCAAAAACAAGGAUGCACGGCCCCCGACAUUCGCUGUCAGUGUGGUCGGCCUCUCGGGGACGGAGAAAGAGAAGGGAAAUUGUGGCGUAGGCAAGUCCUGCCUAUGUAACAGAUAUGUGCGUCCUGAUGCGGAUGGUUAUUACACAGAGCACACCUCAGUGCUGAGCACAAUAGACUUUGGGGGACGUGUGGUAAACAAUGACCACUUCCUUUACUGGGGGGAUGUGUCCCAUAGAGGGGACGAUGGGCUGGACUGUAAAAUCCAAGUCAUCGAACAAACAGAGUUCAUUGAUGACCAGACGUUCCUUCCGCAUCGGAGUACAAAUUUGCAGCCCUACACCAAAAGGGCAGCAGCUACUAAGCUCCAGUCGGCAGAGAAGCUGAUGUACAUCUGCACCGAUCAGCUGGGCCUGGAGCAGGACUUUGACCAGAAACAGAUGCCUGAUGGGAAGCUGAACAUUGAUGGGUUUUUGCUGUGCAUCGAUGUUAGCAAAGGUUGUAAUAGGAAGUUUGAUGACCAAAUGAAGUUCAUCAACAGUCUCUACUCCCAAAUAGUUAAGACGAAGAAGCCUAUUGUUGUUGCUGCCACAAAAUGUGAUGAGUGUGUAGACCAGCACCUGAGGGACCUGCAGGCUUUUGUUGCCAGCAAGAAAAACCUGUUGCUAAUUGAGACGUCAGCACGCUCCAAUGUCAAUGCAGAGCUCUGCUUCAAUGCCCUCAUCCAGCAGUUGGAUAAAACGAGGGGGAAGCCAAAAACUGUGCCAUACCUGGAGGCCUAUAAAAUCCAACGGCAGCUUGUUGCCUCGGUGUCGGAUAGAUUUGAAAAAUUGAUGGUUCACUCGGUGAGAGAUUACCACACCACAUGGAAAGGUGUUGUCAACAAUAUGAAAGGCCAACCAGACUACGAUGACUUCAUCACCUUGGAGGGCUCCAGGAAAGCACGUAACAUGUUCACAAAGCACAUAAGUCAAUUGAAGCAGGAGCACAUCAAGAGGAGAAGGGAGGAGUACCUGACAACACUCCCCAAAACCCUUAACAACCUCCUCAAUAACCUGGAGGAGGUGGAACCCCUCUCAUGGCCUGAGGCGCAGAGUGUCAUACGGAACCGACCAGAUUUUCAGCUCUGGUUUGUGAUUCUGGAACAAACACCAUGGGAUGAGACUGACCACAUUGACAUCAGUGACCGCAGGAUACCCUUUGACAUCCUCGAUACACCUGAUGGCGAGAGAAUUUACCACAACCACGUCCAGCACCUGCUGUCCCAAAAGAGACGGGGGGAGAUGAAAGAGAGGUUCAAGAAGACGCUGGAGAGGGUUCAUUUUAUCAGUGCGGGGCAGCCUUGGGAGGAAGUCAUGUGCUUUGUCAUGGAGGACGAGGCCUACAAGUACAUCACAGAAUCAGAUAGGAGGGAUGUUUAUUGUAGACACCAGCAGGAAAUAGUUGAAAGGGCCAAAGAGGAUUUUCAGGAAAUGCUUUUUGAGCAUGCCGAGCUGUUCUAUGACUUGGACCUGAAUGCCACCCCCAGCUGCGACAAGAUGAGCGAAAUCCACUGUGUGCUAAAUGAGGAACCCAGAUACAGGGCGCUGCAGAAACUUGCCCCAGAUAGAGAAUCACUCCUCCUCAAACACAUUGGAUUUGUUUACCAUCCUACAAAGGAGACAUGCCUGAGUGGGCAGAACUGUGUGGAUAUGAAAGUGGAGCAGGUUUUAGCCAACAGGCUGGUACAGCUUGACCACGGACGCUCUAAUCUCUAUUAUAACAGUGCCAACAUUGAUAAGAUCAACCUCUGCCUCCUGGGAAGGGAGGGUCUCUCACAGGAACUAGCCAAUGAGAUCCGAGCUCAGUCCACAGAUGACGAGUACACCCUGGAUGGUAAAAUAUAUGAACUGGAGCUUCUUCCUGUGGAUGUCAACUCUACACUCCUCUUCAGCCAUACCUGGGUCAACAGUUUUAAGCCACAUGGCUGCUUUUGUGUGUUUAAUUCCAUAGAGUCCCUCAACUGUAUUGGAGACUGCAUAGGCAGGAUCAGAGCAGAGAUAGCACAGAGUAGGAGAGAUAGGUUUGCUCAGCCACUACCCUUCAUUCUUAUCCUGGCUAAUCAAAGGGACAGUGUUUGCAAAAACAUACCCAUCCUGAGGCACCAGGGCCAACAGCUGGCAAACAAGCUGCAAUGUACCUUUGUCGACAUCCCCUCCGGAGCCUUUCCACGUAAAUUCACUGAGUUUCAGAUAAAGCAAGGUCUUCGAGCAGUGCUGGAGGGGCUAAAGCAUAACUUUGAUGUUUUGGCCCCAUUGCCCUCUAUCAAAGACAUGUCAGAGACGGACCUUAGGAUAGUCAUGUGUGCCAUGUGCUGGGAUCCUUUCAGCGUUGAUCUCAUCCUCUCGCCUUUCCUGGACUCACAUUGCUGUAGUGCAGGGCAGCCAGGUCAGAGCAACACAUUGAUACUGGACAAGAUCAUCGGGGACAGCAGGAGGAGGAUCCAGGUUACUGUCCUCUCCUAUCACACUGCUAUCGGUGUUCGCAAAGAUGAACUGGUGCAUGGCUACAUUUUAGUGUAUUCUGCCAAACGCAAAGCCUCUAUGGCGACCCUGCGGGCGUUCCUGGCUGAAGUCCAGGAUGUUAUCCCUGUCCAGAUGGUAGCAAUCACAGACAGCCAGGCAGACUUCUUUGAGAAUGAUGCCAUUAAGGAGUUAAUGACUGAGGGGGAGCACAUUGCCACAGAGAUUGCUGCAAAAUUUACUGCACUCUACUCACUUUCUCAGUAUCAUCGGCAGACAGAGGUGUUCACACCGUUCUUCAAUGAGGUGCUUGAGAAAAAGCAGGGUAUUGAGAGUUCCUUCUUGUUCGACAGCUCAUCACGGGAGUGCACUACUGGUGCCAGUGAAGACGUCUUCCCCACGUCCCCACAUAGCCAUUCCCCAGCCUACAACACCUACUACCCUGAGUCUGAUGAUGAUAAUGAGGCUCCCCCACCUUACAGUCCAAUUGGUGAUGAUGUUCAGCUUCUCCCCACACCCAGUGAGCGGGCCAAGUACCGGAUCGACCUGGAGGGCAACGAAUACCCAGUUCACAGUACACCAAUUGGAGACCAUGAACGCAACCACAAAGUGCCUCCACCUGUCCGCCCAAAACCAGUGCUACCCAAACCCAAUGUCAAAAAGCUUGACCCCAACCUGCUCAAAACCAUUGAGGCUGGCAUGCGGAGCAACCGUAGGAUGCAGAGAGGCCCAAUGACACACAGCGAGGACGUGGAGGCGUCAGACAACUAUGCAGACCCAGUGGACACUUUGCUAAGGUCCAGGGGCUUUCACAACGACGACAUAUAUGCUGUUCCUGAUGACGCACACAGCCGUCUGGUCAAAAUAAGAAACUCCUUUGGUGGGUUACAUGGCCUUCAUGGAGGUGGAGAGGAAGAGAAUGGUUUUGACAGGAAGUCUCAGGCUGGACGGCGGCCAUCAAAAUACAAACAUCGUUCUAAAAUCCUGUUCAGCAAGACAAAGGCCUACCAAAGACGGUUCCACUCUGACAGCGAUGGUGAGGAGUCUGGCCAUGCUACGCAGAAAAAGAAAAAGGGAAGAGCCCAUCGGGGCAGUGAAGAGGACCCCCUGCUGUCCCCAGCAGACCCUUGGAAGGGUGGGAUCGAUAACCCUGCCAUCACAUCGGAUCCAGAACAGGAGGACAAGAAGAUGAAGAAAAAGAAGACGCCCAAGACACCAAAGGAACCCAAGAAGCCAAGAUCUUCCAAACCACCCAAGCCUCUGUAUCCCCCAACCCGAAGAACCUGGGAGAGCAACUACUUUGGCGUUCCCCUUCAGAACCUGGUGACCCUGGAUCGACCAAUCCUCUUCAUCGAGAAAUGCGUGGACUACAUCGAGCGCACGGGAUUGUCGACAGAAGGGCUGUACCGUGUCAGUGGGAACAAGACGGACCAGGACAACAUCCAGAAACAGUUUGAUCAAGAUCACAGCAUCGACUUCGUGGUGAUGGACGUGGCGGUGAACGCUGCAGCCGGAGCUCUGAAGGCGUUCUUUGCAGACCUGCCCGACCCGCUGAUCCCCUACAGCCUGCACCCGGAGCUGGUGGAGGCCGCAAAAAUCGUGGACUACAUCGAGCGUCUGCUGGUUUUGCGGGAGAUCGUGAAGAAGUUUCCUCCUGUGAACUACCAGGUCUUCAAAUACAUCAUCACACACCUCAACACGGUCAGCCAGCACAGUAAGUUGACCCUGAUGACGCCCGACAACCUGUCCAUCUGCUUCUGGCCCACGCUGAUGCGGCCCGACUUCGAGAACAAAGACACGCUGUCCACCACCAAGCUGAACCAGGCCGUCAUCGAGUCCUUCAUCGUGCAGAGCGACUACUUCUUCCACGGCGGCGAGGUGGCCGAGAGCUCCAGCAGCGAGGGCACGCCGCCGCCGCACUGCCACAACAUGGUGGAGGCUCUGCUCCCGCUGCAGCUGCCGCCGCCUCUGCAGCCGCAGCAGAUCCAACACACCCUGCACCCCGACCCACUCAUCUAAGAGCCACAGGAGCAUGCUGGGAAAAGACGU